CUUGUCCACGAUCCAGAACCAGCAUCAACAGUCGACGGCGGAGUAGAAAACUCCAACGUCGAACUAGCUGAGCCCGCCUUUGAGCCGACCAAUUCGGAGGAUGACGAGAUUCACUAUCUUGUCUCGUCUCGCCACUUAAUGUUAGCCUCGCCAUGGUUCAGGCGCACAUUGACAAAAGAGGAGUUUAUUGAAGCCUUGAAAAAUCCAUCAGACGGACAAUACCAUAUCUUAGCUAGAGAUUGGGACGAAGAAGCUCGCCUCAUUCUUCUAAACAUAUUCCACGUCUGAACACGUCAUGUCCCAGCUACUGUAAGCUUGGAGAUGUUCACAAAAAUAGCAGUGCUUGUUGAUUACGACGAGCUUGAAAACGCAGAGGUGAUUGAGCGUGACGUCAGGGACUGGAUUACCAAUGUGAGACGUAGUGUCCCGAUCCCAUCUUUCUACUGCCGAGACCUAAUGCUGUGGAUCUGUAUCUCUCGAGUGUUUCACACGGGCGAAGAAUUCGAGAAAGCGACGGCUUUGGCAAUUAAAGGAAGUGAAGGUUGGAACCAAACAUUAGACCUACCAAUC